UAGAACUUGACGUAAACUCUUCAUUUUUCUCAAAGAGAUAAAGUGGUAGUCUAUCAGUAUUUAUGUCAAAUACGACGCUAUUUUAACCUCAAAAUUGAUUGGGAUUCGUAAUAGAUUUCUCUAUGUACAAUUAAUAAUGGAACAAAAUUUAUCAGAGCAUAUUGAUAAAAAACCGCAAAUAAUAGGAUCAACACAGUCAACUAUUUCCUCUGGUACCUUGACAGUAGACCAACUUGACAUUGAAAUACUGCCAGUAAUCUACGACAUUAUUAGAUGUGUAGAAAAAGAUCCAAUUGAUAACGCAGCAAAACAAAAGGAAUCACAGGAGUGCAGUCAGAAAAUUUUAGAAUUACAAAAACGUUUUGAAAGUGCUCGUACUCAAAUAAAACAACUAUCAGGAAUAAAUUACAACAAAGAAGAUCAAUUACAACAACUAGACUUGUUAAAAAAUCAACUUAAAUUAAAACAACAACUAAUAAAAAAAUAUAAAAAUUUUCAACUAUAA